AUGACCGCGGUGUUUGGUCACUUUUCUUUAGACUACCUCAAUGUUCGCUUAGUUAUUCAUCCGUUUCCCUUGAGUCAUUCUCUCUACCUCGUCGCCCAAUUUUUACGCAGUUUCACAUGUCGUGAUCAUCACAUUUCUACGUUGAUUAAGCUGAUUAGCAUCAAGUAUCUAUUGAAUCAUCUGCAUAAAAACCCAGAAACGCUGUUCACACAGUCCGUCUCUGAAUUCGAGGAUCUUUUUGAAAAUGGUUGA